UCAAGAUCGUUUUCGUCGUCGAGAUGAAACCAUUCUUGAUAUUCACGACCAUUUGUCUGCUGGUGAAAAUCAUCGAUUGUCGAGCUGUAGAAAAUGAUAAAUAUCAACGCGAUAAACGACGACGCAAGUUUUCCAUCGAGGAGCUACUCACAUCUAAGUUUUCGCAUGCUAUUACCGGAGAUUUGGAUAUUGAUAUCUGCAAAGCUGGUGGCUUUCUUGGUGACAUUGCGUUGCCAAAUAUCAAAUACGAUACCGAAUGGCGCGAACAAAAAUUAAAUAAAACAUAUCUGGAAGAAUUGAAUAAAUACAGAGAGGAGAUAUUAAAUGAAGGUCUUCAAGUAGAGGAAGAAGGUCUUACAGAGAUUCUUCAGUUUAAGAGCAAGCACGAUGCUAACAAACAAAUGUUCCGUGAACACGACGAGAUAGUCGUUCAGGAAAAGCCAAAGCAGAUCAUGGUAGAUCGCAACCAAUAUGACAUGGGUAGCGAGUCUAAUGAUGGCCUCCACUUUGGUGCUAGAAACGACGAUACUAGUUCUACAGUGAAAGAUGAGGGUUUCGAGUUGAGAUUAGACUCCUCGAACCCUUCGAAGAAGAAUCAUUUUGGACAAGAAGCUCAUCAAAAACUUUCAAGGACGAUGUCAGUAACGGAAUCAAUGAAAACUAGACGACAAUCGACUGAUGACACCUCUCUUAAAGUUUUACCUUCCUCAUCUUUUACUACUGAAACUAGUAAAUAUGUAAGUCACGUAUAUACUGACGACAUCAAAGAAACGCUUACCGUACGACCCGAAACGAGUAGGCAAAACCUAUCGAAUCGCCGACGCCGACGACAUCAUCGUAGAAGAGUUUUGCGAAGAUGUCCUCACCUUCCGUGUAAUCGACGAUUACACUUUACCGUCAGCGAUAACAACGCGUCGGAUGAAAUCAUGUCCGCGCACGACCGACGUCUCCGUUCCAUCGAAUUCUACGAUAUGGAACACAAAGUGAAACACUUGGCGAAGAAACGCGGCAGCGCGAAGCGCAACAUUUUGAGCAGACUGCCGCGAGCGGCUACCGCGAGGAAAGACCGGGUGUGGGACCACGGUGUGAUACCGUACGAGAUUGAUGGAAAUUUUUCCGGCGCGCACAAGGCUCUUUUCAAACAGGCGAUGAGACACUGGGAAAACUUCACUUGUAUUAAGUUUGUGGAGAGAGUACCGAGAGAACAUCCUAAUUAUAUUCUAUUUACGGAAAGACCUUGCGGGUGUUGCUCAUUCGUUGGGAGAAGAGGUAACGGACCACAGGCUAUCAGCAUCGGGAAAAAUUGUGAUAAAUUCGGUAUUGUAGUACACGAGUUGGGCCAUGUCGUUGGAUUUUGGCACGAGCAUACUCGACCUGACCGUGACCGUCACGUGCAAAUCAUCCGCGAUAACAUUAUGAGCGGCCAGGAAUACAACUUUAACAAAUUGACCGAAGAGGAAGUUAACUCACUUGGUUUACCUUACGAUUAUGACUCUAUUAUGCAUUAUGCGAAAAAUACUUUUUCGAAAGGCACUUAUCUGGACACGAUCUUACCGAUGGAAACUCAUGGAAAAAAGAGACCCGAAAUCGGACAAAGAAUAAGGUUGAGCGAGGGCGACAUCGCGCAAACGAAUCUUUUAUACAAAUGUCACAAAUGCGGCAGGACCUUUCAAGAGAAUAGUGGUACUUUUGGAUCGCCCAUCUAUCCGAACAAUUCCCCACCCAUAGAGGGGGAACUAUGCGAAUGGAGGAUCACGGCAACGCACGGUGAACGUAUCGUUUUGAAUAUCACGUCUCUCGAUAUAUUCAAAAGCGAUUAUUGCCACAGCGAUUAUCUGGAGAUUCGGGACGGAUAUUGGCACAAGAGCCGUGUGUUGGGUCGAUAUUGCGGCAGUGGCAAAAUGCACGAGCCAGUGGUGUCAAGCGCGAGUCGCAUGCUGGUAACAUACGUGACGUCCAGCAGACAGAAUGGCCAUCGCGGUUUCACGGCGACUUACGAGGCCGUGUGCGGCGGCGAUGUCGAAUUGGACGGUAUUGGUCAUUUGGAAUCGCCGAAUUAUCCGGAAGAAUACCAAUCCAGUAAGGAAUGCGUGUGGAGGCUUUCCGUGCCUCAGGACUAUCAAGUAGCCUUGAAGUUUCAAUCUUUUGAGAUCGAGAAUCACGACACAUGCGUGUACGAUUACGUCGAAGUGCGCGAUGGGCACAGCGACGAUUCCCCAUUAAUCGGUGUUUAUUGCGGCUACAAGAUACCGCCAGACAUCAAGUCAACGGGGAACAAGCUGCUCGUUAAGUUUGUCAGCGACGGUUCCGUACAAAAAGCUGGCUUCUCAGCAACCUUCAUGAAAGAAUUCGACGAGUGCGUGUCGACGGAUCACGGUUGCGAGCACGAUUGUAUCAAUACUCUCGGUGGAUACGAAUGUUCUUGCAAAGUUGGUUACGAGUUACAUUCCGACGGCAAGCACUGCGAAGAUGCUUGCGGUGGUUAUUUUGACGAUGAUAACGGCACCAUUACAAGUCCGUCGUUUCCCGAGACGUAUCCAGGUAACAAAAACUGUGUCUGGGAAAUUGUUGCUCGACCUCAAUAUCGCAUCACUUUAAAUUUCACGCAUUUCGAUCUUGAGAGCAACAAUGUCUAUCAGGAGGAAUGCGAGUACGAUUUUGUGGAGAUUGCGAGCAAGCUCGGCGAUGACGUUCUCAGGAAGCACGGGAUAUUUUGCGGCGCGCGAUUACCCCCACUGAUCACAUCCGAAGGCAAUUUUAUGAGAAUUACCUUCACAUCUGAUAACAGCGUCCAAAAGUCGGGCUUCGCUGCCGUAUUCUUUACGGACAUGGACGAAUGUGCCAAUAACAACGGAGGGUGUCAGCACGAAUGCAAAAAUACGAUAGGUUCUUAUCAGUGCUCUUGCCACAAUGGUUUCACGCUUCACGAGAACGGUCAUGACUGCAAAGAGGGUGGUUGCAAAUAUGAGAUCACCGCGCCCACGGGAACGAUCACUUCGCCCAACUACCCAGAUUACUAUCCCGGUCGUAAAGAUUGCGUUUGGCAUUUUACAACGAAGCCUGGCCAUCGAAUAAAACUGAUUUUUAAAGUGUUCGAGAUGGAGCCGCACCAAGAAUGCGCAUACGAUCACAUCGCUAUUUACGACGGAGAUUCGCCGGAGAGCAUUACCCUGGGCAGAUUUUGCGGUACCAAGGAACCACAUCCAAUUCUCGCAACGGGCAAUCAAAUGUAUAUGGUCUUCAAAAGUGACGAGUCCGUGCAGAGAAAAGGAUUUCUAGCAACACAUAGCACAGCUUGCGGCGGUCAUCUCAUGGCAACGGACAAAGUAAAGCAUUUAUAUUCUCAUCCCAAAUACGGUUAUAAUCAUUACGAUCACGGGACUGAUUGCGACUGGGUAAUAGAGGCGCCACUUGGCAAAAAUGUUCACUUGUCAUUUCUCGCAUUUCAACUCGAAUACGAAACCGAGUGCGGUUACGACUUCGUCGAGGUCUUCUCCGGUUUAGACGCAUCCAGUCCACCGUAUGGACGAUUUUGUGGUAACUCCAAUACUACGGAUUUUAUCUCUAUGAACGAAGCUCUGCUGGUAAGAUUUCGAACGGACGAUACAAUUUCGUACAAAGGAUUCGUAGCUAUUUUUGUAGCAGUCGAUCGGCAGGACAGCGAAGAAAAUCUUGGCGGCGAAGAAGAUGAGGAUUAACAUAUUUGAUUCCUAUCCAGUUCUUUGAUCAAUUGAGAUAAAACAAAAAAACAAUAAUAAAAUUUGAGUUUAUAUUAUUUUUAAUAAAACAGGGGAAAAGUUGCACGAGGUAAUAUAUACAUACGUAUAUAUGUAUAUGUAUCUAUAUAUAUAUGUAUAUAUAUAUGUAUUAGAUGUGUGUGACUUUCAUAUUUAUUGGACAAACACACACAAUGUGUUAGAAAAAAAGAUCUACCAUAUCACAUUGAGAGAGAAAACAAAUCAUUUUGUUAAGCAGUCAAUUGAUUUUAUCGAGCUAACGCACACACAUUUAUUCGCUGUAAGAUCUUUGCAUUUCUUAUUAUAAUGAAUAUGCCGAUUUGUGCAAUUGAUUUUUUUUUAAGUACGCAUAACAAAACUGUGUAUACGUGUGUGUGUGUAUGUGUGUGUGCGUGUGGGAGAGAAGAGAAAGAGAGGAUAGGUGAGAUAACAUUAAAGCCUAAGGAUGCUUUUCUUUUUCGUGCUAGAGCUAGAUAGCGUGCAAGCACCAGAAUCCGAUGGGUCCGCAAUGUGAAAUGUGUCAGAGAACUGUCAAAUUGUCGCGGUGCUCGCAAGCAUUAAGUUUGGUAUUUAAUAUUGCAUUAUAUGUAUAUAAUAAAUUAAUUAUAUUAGACUUAUUCGUGCCUAAGGGUCGGUCGGAAUUAAAGGCGAAUUCCGAGUUGCUAUAUCUACAAAAGAGAGAGAAAGAUAACUUCACUUUCAAGAUACUACAUAUCGUCGUAUGUAACAUACGAUCGCUCCAUUUUUUCUGAUUCGGAGACUCAAUAUUUCUCCGUGAGAACUUUGUUUUAUAUCAAUCCUCAAAAACAAAAACGUUGCGAAUGCUAUACAACCGGAUUUAGUGUUUAAGACGUUUUGAUAAAUACGAAUGAAUAAUAAUGGUGCACAUUUGACUCCGAGAUUUUUCUCACUUAAAUUAACGAAUUGAUUUUUCUCUAUCUUUUUGACUAUUUUCUUAAAAAUCACGCCCGAGAGACAAUUUUUCUGAUUACAAAUAUUAUAUUAUCUAUAAGUGUUCGCGCGCGCUGCUGUUUUCGAGUUUUAUUCUCACCUUGUUUAUGUUUAGGCCGACCCUUUUCGGAACUCGAGCAUCGUUAUCUUUACGACGUGUUCGAAACACCUGUCUCACUUUUGUCGGUAUAGAAUAAAGAUGUCUCGCUCACACUCUUAA